UGGUGGUAGCCGGACGUGUAUGCCAUUGCUGUGACAGAAGACAACCAUGAUCCGCAAUUAUACGUGUAAAGAUGUUUUCUUUGGUGCGGACCAGAGUAUGUAUACUCUAAUUUAAAUUUAUUGACACUUAAAGAUCGCGAGUGAAUCGUGAAGAGAAACCAUCAUCCAAUCGAAAGCUUUGUUAUGACUUGCAUUUUCCAUAUUGAGGCCCGAUUCGAUGACAAUUUCUCCAUUUCCGUGUAGUCUUGACCUUAAUAUGCUACUCUGUUUUAAUUAAAGCGUAGUGUUGGUAGCAAUAUGGCGAUGUAGUUACUGUGGUGUAAUGUGAGGCUUGCGAGUGUGCCGUUAUACGUAGGAUGUUAUGUUAAGCGGCUGAAGUGAACGAUUGGGCUCAAUUGUUUUUUAUAUUUAAUUUUCGAAUGAAAGAUGGCUACAUCUAAAACCACAAAUACUUAUAAUCGUCAGAAUUGGGAAGAUGCGGAGUUUCCCAUUCUUUGUCAGACGUGUUUGGGAGACAACCCUUAUAUAAGAAUGACAAAAGAACGUUAUGGGAAAGAAUGUAAAAUUUGUUCUCGCCCAUUUACUGUAUUUCGCUGGUGUCCUGGUGCACGAAUGCGUUUUAAGAAAACUGAAGUAUGUCAAACAUGCAGUCGCUUGAAAAAUGUCUGUCAGACGUGUCUAUUGGAUCUUGAAUAUGGUCUUCCUAUUCAAGUCAGAGAUGCUGCUCUUCGCAUCAAAGAUGAUCUUCCUCGUUCUGAUGUUAACAAGGAAUAUUACAUUCAGAACAUGGAUAAAGAGCUUGGAAAAAUUGAUGCAACCACUCCUGCUGGAGCUGUUGGCAAAUCUCAAGCAGCAAGUGAUUUACUUAUGAAACUUGCUCGCACCAGUCCUUAUUAUAAACGAAAUAGACCACAUAUUUGCUCCUUCUGGGUCAAAGGAGAAUGUAAACGAGGAGAAGAGUGCCCUUAUCGUCAUGAAAAACCCACAGAUCCCGAUGAUCCUUUAGCUGAUCAAAAUAUUAAGGACAGGUAUUAUGGUAUAAAUGACCCUGUUGCUGAAAAGUUAAUGAGACGAGCUUCGGCUAUGCCAAAACUGGAGCCUCCAGAAGACAAGAGCAUUACUACAUUGUAUGUUGGGAACCUAGGUGACAAACUCACAGAGAAAGAAUUGAGGGAUCAUUUCUAUCAAUAUGGAGAGAUUCGUUCUAUUACCUUGGUUGCUCGACAACAGUGUGCGUUUAUUCAGUUUACAUCUCGCACAGCUGCGGAGCAGGCUGCAGAGCGCACAUUCAAUAAACUGAUACUGGCAGGGAGAAGACUCACCAUCAAGUGGGGACGAUCUCAAGCCCGACAACCAUCAGCAUCAGCACGCGGGGAGGGAUUGGAUGGCAUGGAAGAACUAGAGCCAGUUCCUGGCUUGCCUGGAGCUCUUCCUCUUCCUCCAACAGAGCUGCACAAUAAUUUCUUUAAUCUUACUGAUAAUACUGAUGUUACAGCAACUUCUGUGUCAGGAGGUGUGGCACCACCAACUAUACCGCCACCAAUUCCCCCUCCCAUGCUUAUACCUCCACCUUUACCAAGACCCCCACCUGGAGUACGCCCGCCUGGUCCACCUCCAUUCUUCUAUCCGCCCCAAAUGCGUGCAGCCGCUGCGGCUGCUGCAGCCGCAGCUGCAAUACGUCCCCCACCAGCAGUGAGGCCUCCAUUUACUCUGAAUCAGCAACCAUUGUUCCCACCAGGCACCACACCUGCCCUGCCACAACUGCCUCCAAAUCCUGCACCUCUUGUGCCUCCAGGUACUUUGCCUGCCACCUCAUUGAAGGCAGGAGUUAUUCAUUAUCCCUCUCAAGAUCCAUCUCGGCUAGGAACUGCUCAGGCUAUUGGCAAGAAAACUUGGGCUGGUGAGGACUGAAAUGCUAAAUUCUGCAUUCCAAUUAAAUUUAUUUCUUGAACUAUGUGUGUGCAUUUUGCAAUAAUGCAGUUUGUACAUUGAGUGUGAAAUGCUGGAAUAUGUGCUGUAGAAUUUUUAAGAAUUAAGAGAUCAAUCAAAGAGCUAAUCUUGUUUUUUGAUACUUUAAGAGUCCCUUUGUUCAAAAAAAUAAUUAGAAAGGUUAUUUGUACAAAUAGUAAGCAAACUCAUUUGCUGAAACUAUUGUGUUCAUACAGAUGCUAACAUGUGUUGUAUAUAAGUGCAUUAAAAAUUCUGAUAUUUACUGUUUAUAAUUUGGGGGCAUUAAUCAAGCUUAUCACAAGGCUGAGGAAGAUGUUACCUCUUUUGUUAUUCAAAUGGAAAUGCUUUUGAGAAUAAUGUUGUGCCUAGAAUGUGAUUAGUACAAUUAUAUAAAAAAUACACAUCUGAAAUGAAUAUGACUACUGAUACCAUAUGUAUAACGAUACCACUGUGCAGCGAAUAACUGCAGCGGUUGGUGAUCUAUUUGAAUGUUAAAAUUAUUUACCAUUGAUUAUUAAUAUGGGAUGUAGUUUACUUACUGGGAAUAGACACCAUUUUUGCUCAUCUCUGGCCGUGUAUCGACCACAUGGGUUUUAAAAGUGAAGUGUAGAUGUAAUUAGCCAAUUAACUGAACACAUGUAUUUUUGUAAGCAUGAGCCACGAGCACCUGCAAGCAGAAUGUCUUAUUUAUAACCUCAAACUUGUAAGGUGCAGUGACUUCGCUCAUGUUGAAUAUCAUAAUGAGGCUCCAGCCUUUAGCCCUUGUGAUAACAUAAAACCUCUGUGAGUCUGCCCAACCAAAGUACUUUUUUGCCGAAUGUUUCAAUGAUACACCAAAUGUUUUGUUACACAUCUGGAAGUUCAGAACAAGGCUCCAACCUAUACAAUUAAUAUAAAUCAUCCCUGAGCCUGUCCAAUACAUUGUACGUGGUUAAGCACAAGUCUUUGUUGGAGACAUCUCUUUGUUUUCCACAAUAUUUAGUAAGCUCACUCACUGGAUUAAUUGCCAUUAUACUCUGUGUUGUGCAUCUCAAUUGCCACACAAUUGGCAAAAUGUCUUAUUAACACUUCAAUUUAACAUUAACAAUUGUUAAUUUGGCAACAGAUUUCAGCAAAUGAAGUAUGAAUGCCACAUAGAUUCCUUGUAAGUAAACUUCAGCCUUAAUACAAAAGUUUUCUGACAAAAUUUAGUUAUCAGUUAAAAUAUAAAGAUCAAUUGAAAAGUUCUCUACUUUCUUUGCUAAAGAGAUAAUAGAAUUACUGUAAACAAUGUGGUUUACAUGUAGAAAAUUUGUCCACAAAUCAAUUAGCCCUCAGAGAAAUGGCCAUUUGAGGGACCUAGGUAAUGUAAAUGGGCAAUGUAGUAAUGCUGCAGAAAGUGUCGUAAAAAUGUGCAUUAGACACAACUGGAUGCAACUCAUGGUUUUCAUUCUGCACUGAACUAUGAAAAUCUUUUCUCCUAAAUAAAAGAGGGUUAUUACCAUAAUCUAAUAUAGCAAAAAUGCGAAACAAAGGUACUGAAAAUGAAGAAAUAAAAAUUAAACGUGUUGUGUAUUAUUAUCAACCACUCAAUAAUGAUUUUGUUGUCACCUAAGUCUUUCUUCAAAUAAAAUUUUUGAGAGUUGAAACAAGAAGAGUGAGUUACCAUGCUAAUAAUUCUUAUGCAGCCCAACAUUUUUAUUGCUGAAAGUUGCCUUUGAAACAACUCUUGCUGGUACAGUCCGGCAAGAUUUAUCAUUUGGGUGGAUUUAUCAUUCACAAAUCUUUCAUAUGGAUUUAGUGUGAUGAAGAUUUUGUUCAAUGUUCCAAAGGAGUGGAGCAUAAUGUAAAGGAGAAAAAGAGCAUCGUGUUUAGAUUAGUUUUAAAUGAUAUUAUGUAUAUAUUACGUUGCUCAACAAAGCCAGUGCUGCAUGUAGGUAAAAUGAUGACCAAGACAACCUUUUCCUAUUGCAAGCCCCCUCCCCACAACAUGGACAUGGACAGUUGCGUGUGGUUCUUGCUUUUGUUUUUGUCACAUUCUUACAAAAACUUUGUAUUUAGUGAAAAAAAGAAUGAAAUGCAAUUACAAUAUACAAACUAAAUAAACUAAACUGACAGUUUCUUGCCUUUACCAAUGAAAACAGAUUAAUUAUUUCAUUAAAGUUUGCUAUUUUUUUCUCUUUAUCAAAGAUCUUUUUUACACAAGCAUAGAUGCCCUAAAGAAACUUGUAGGUUUGAGGAAAUUGACUUCAAUUUGCUGAAUGAUCUCUUGUAAUUAGCACUGAAAAUUGCUGUGGUCAGAAUUACUUUAAUUGCCUUUUCGUAAGUUUGUAAGAAAGCUUUCAUCUCUAUACUGGAUUAUAAAUUCCAAAAACAUGUCAGGCCAAGAAAUUUUGUUUACAAGUUGAAAGUGGCAUAUUUCCUUAUAAAACUGAUCAUCAGCCAUAUCGAGCUACCGCUUGCCCAAUUCUGAACAGCUGAUGUUCAACAAAUGCUCGCUCCCUUUGAUAUGUUCUAAAGAUCGACACGCGGUGGGUACACAAAUGUAAUUGGUUUGAUCUCUCUCACAUUCAUAAUGUUUACAUUACUAGUGUUUUGUGUACAUUAUUUAGUUCAAAUGGUUUAAACAAUUUCUGACAGUUUCUUGAGACUACUUUUCUGUGAAAAUAAGUUCGAAAUUAUGCAUUUCCCAAUGACAUUUUCUAAAAAACUGCAUCAUUUUUUUUCUUUAAACUUUUUGUACUAAAUGCCCUGAAUAAAAAGACAUUAACGCCAUUUUGAAUUUUUCAAAAAUAC